AAUCAUAUUUGCAGUUCUGCCCUACAUGCAUAGGAGCUGUCCAGGCCUCUCUGGGCGUGGUCGGUUAGACUUUAAGGGGUUUUUUUUGGCACGCACAGUCUUGCAGUUUAUCGGUGUGGCAGGACGCUUCGGCUGUCGUUGAAUUUACUGGGUCACGUCGCAGCAGACCGAGACAAGCAGCCAUGACUACAACGAACAUGUUUCAGGGACUUGAUAGUAGUGGCAAACCGAGUUCGAGGGUACUAAGACCUCCAGGUGGAGGGUCAAGCAAUCUCUUCGGUGGUUAUGAAGAAGACACUUCUGCCUCCAGGCGGCCAAACAAGAUGUCCUCCUCUAUUUUCUCUCCUCAAGAAUCCACGGGAGCCCAGGGGAGUCCCAAACGCUCCAAUCCCCCAGGUGGAAAGAGCAGUGGGAUAUUUGGGGAGCCAGGGGCUCCUUCGACUCAGAGCAAGCCAGUUCCCCCUGGUGGAGCAGCCAGUAACAUCUUUGGGGGUGCAGAGUCGACCCCACCAUCUGUGAAAAGUCAACAUCCCAACAAACCAAAGGACAAUUUAAGUGUGGGUGUACCUGCUACUCCAGAUCCACCAGCCCCAGUGCCUAAGAUGACUGUAGUUGAGGAAGUGAAGGCGGAGCCAGUGCCCCAUCAACCAACGCCUGAAAAACAGCCAGCAGCCCCUGCACCUGCAGCCAAUCAGAAUUCUGAGCCAGCCACACAGCAACCAACAGAAAAGGACCACGAGCCACGCCUCGGACCCCGCCCUCGCUCUCACAACAAAGUGCUCAACCCACCAGGUGGAAAGUCCAGUGUGGUUUUCUAUUAGCCAUAGCCACCAUUGUCACUUCCUUUCUUCCAUCUGCUUUUUAACCUUUUUUGUACUAAAACUUAUCCUUUCUCGUUCUUUUGUUUUGUUUUUCCCUCAAGUCACUCUUCAUUCCAUUUUGGCUUCUGCACUUUUUUUUUUUUUUUUGAUUCAUUCCUCACUUGCCUUUUUCCUUUCCAUCUACUUAGAAUCACUGUUGUUGUCGCUCCAAAAACUGGAUGGUUAUGUUUGCUUUCAAAUGGUUUGCAUUGACGGUUGUUUCUCUAUAUGAUCAUGUUCUCUCAAUUUGCUAAUGUAUUAAGUACAAGUUUGCCUCAUGAAUCUCAGAGCAGUCUAUGCAGUGUUCAGCUGGUAUCACUGUUGGUCGCCAAACAAACUCUUCAGUAUCAGCGUAAUCAGAUCUUCCUUUGAAAACCAGUGAAUGUGUUCUGAUGGCAAUUUCUUUUGUGCAAUAAGGUGACUUAAUUUCAAGUUUUUUUUUACUCUGCUCUUGCAUUUUCUUUUUUAUGAGUAAGAAACAGUCAAAUGUAAGAGUAGUAGUUUUAGAUGGCUAACCAAACACACAGUUUUUGUAAUUGAUGAUCGCCAAAGCACACGUGUAUGACAAUGAAUAGAAUAUGUACAAUCAGGCACCUUUAAUAUAUCACCCUAUUAAAAUGCCAAACAUGCAUUUGAAUGUACCCUUAAACUCUGAGAAUCGUCUGAUAUGUCUGAUUCUGUACUUGAAAAGGGUUGCUGCACCGUUCAUUCUUUGAUACUUUCCUCCCAUUGGCCAUCUGCUUUAUUCUUUACAUUGCAGUUGGAAGGUCAAAUAUGACACGUCUGUGUGAGUGUGUGUGUGUGGGCAUUUCCCGCAUUACUGGUGCCAUCCCUGCCCAAAAUGCUUCAGUGGUUGCUUGGCAAUGUGACUGGCUGCGAUGAUGUCACAGAGGCCUGUUUCAUACAAUACACCUCUGCAUUGUUCAUUUGUAUGCCGUUUUGUAUUGCUUAUUUUUUUCCAUGACAAUAAAAGGAUGUUUUACCAUGUUGCUUGAAAUAAACUAACAGAAAUCUUCAUUUGAAAAGUUA